UUACAUAAUAUGCAUUGGUGACCAUUCAUAAUAAUUUAGUUUUUUAUGUGCAUUUUUAACUUUAAACCAUGGCAGGGUCAGCUUUGCGACGUCUCAUGGCUGAAUAUAAACAAUUGACCCUGAAUCCUCCAGAAGGUAUUAUCGCUGGUCCAAUAAAUGAGGAAAACUUUUUUGAGUGGGAGGCCUUGAUAACAGGACCAGAAGGGACUUGUUUUGAAGGGGGAAUUUUCCCUGCAAAAUUAAUAUUUCCUCCUGAUUAUCCUUUAAGCCCCCCAAAAAUGCAGUUUAUAUGCGAAAUGUUCCAUCCUAAUAUUUAUGCUGAUGGCAGAGUUUGCAUUUCCAUUCUACAUGCUCCGGGUGAUGACCCAAUGGGCUAUGAAAGCAGUGCAGAGAGAUGGUCGCCUGUGCAGAGUGUAGAAAAAAUUCUUCUGUCAGUAGUUAGCAUGUUAGCUGAACCCAACGAUGAGAGUGGUGCAAAUGUUGAUGCUGCGAAAAUGUGGAGAGAAGAUCGCAAACAAUUCAAUAAAAUAGCGGAGAGACUCGUAAGAAAGACAUUAGACCUCCCCUCACCUUAGCAUUGUUACACAUAAAGUAUAAUCACAUUGCCACACAGUAAUCAAACAAAUUUUAAAGUAUUAUAAUUAGGAUUUUGUGAUAACUGUUAACAUGAUUUUUUAAGCUACAUUAAAAGUGUUAUGAUAAAGCAAUUUUUAUAUGACCAAAUAAAUGUAUUAAAUUGUCAACAUUAUAUUAAAAUGGAUUUAACCAUUCAUAUC